GGUGUAAAUUGCGUUCUGUCUCAUCUUAAAAAGAAAUACCCAGAAAUGGAGAUAUUGUCAUUAUCUGGUAAUUAUUGCGUCGAUAAGAAGGCGAGCGCCAUCAAUUGGAUUAAGGGACGAGGGAAGUCAGUUGUCAGCGAAGCAACUAUUCCGGCUGCAGUUGUUCAGAGUGUACUGAAAACAACAGUUGACGCAAUGGUACGUCUUGGACAAGCCAAACUGAUGAUUGGUUCUUCAAUGGCUGGUACCGUUGGUGGUUGGAACGCUCAUGCUGCCAAUGUUGUUGCGGCAAUAUUCAUUGCAACAGGACAGGAUGUUGCCCAGCUUGUAUCAAGCAGUAUGUGUUUAACAGUGAUGGAGAAAACUGAAUUAGGUGAUUUAUAUAUAUCCUGUAGUAUGCGUUGUCUUGAAGUUGGAACAGUUGGCGGUGGCACUGUACUUCCUGCUCAGCGAGCAUGCCUGCAAAUGCUAGGAUGUUCACCACCAACUUCGGUGCCUGGCGAAUGUUCCACGAGAUUGGCCGAAAUUGUUUGCGCCACUGUUAUGGCCGGUGAAUUAUCACUAAUGGCGGCCCAGUGCUCAAAUGAUCUCGUCAGAAGUCACAUAAGGCUGAACAGGUUAUGA